GAGACGCGCUCUACAUGUGACGCUGCCUGGGUGCCUGCCUUUCCGCCAGCGUCGUUCACCUUCCGCCACAACGCGCCAUACCACUCCGUCUUAAGAAGUCUCGCUUUCUCGGGCGCGUGCAGAAACGCGCGUUCGUUCUCGCAGUCUUCGUAGUCGUAACCGUCGUCCUCGUGCCGACAACAUGCGCGCCCUGUUGUUGGUAGCCUUGCUCGGGCUCGCCCAUGGCCAAGGGACCUACUUCCAGGAGCCGGAGAAGAUCGUGAGCGAGUCGCGGGACCUCGGCGACACCCGUGGCCAUUACUCCUUCUCGUACGAGACGGAGGGUGGCAUAUUGCAGAAAGAGAGCGGCAGCCGCAAGUACGCCGGCACCUCGGACGAGACGCAGCUGAUCCAAGGCUCGGUGCAGUACAACGCGCCGGACGGCACUCCGAUCGCCAUGAGCUGGACCGCCGACGAAUACGGCACCCAGGUGUCCGGCACUCACAUCCCGACGCCGCCGCCGAUCCCGCCGGCGAUCCAGCGCGCCCUCGAGUGGAUCGCCAAGCAGCCCAGCACUCCGGAACCGAUCGAGAAGGGCAAUCCGACGCCCAACGCGGUCACCCACGACAAUCGCCAGUUCAAAUUGAUCCCGAACAAACGAAACUGAACUGUAACUGAU